GGCGGCCGUGCCGCGACGAUGCUGUGCACGGCGGUGGUGAUGGCCGGCAGCCUGGCGCUGACCACGGCCGUGGUGGCCCACGCCUAUUACCUGAAGCACCAGUUCUACCCCACCGUGGUGUACCUCACCAAAUCCAGCCCCAGCAUGGCCGUAGCACCUGAUGGAGCGCUCGUGGUAUGCCAUCACCGAGACCUGCUUGGCCUUCACCGUCUUCCGCGACGACUUCAGCCCUCGCUUCGUGGCGCUCUUCACCCUCCUCCUCUUCCUCAAGUGCUUCCACUGGCUGGCCGACGACCGCGUGGACUUCAUGGAGCGGAGCCCCAACAUCUCCUGGCUCUUCCAUUUCCGCAUCAUCUGUGAGUGCGAGCCUCGGGCCUCCAUCCCAUAAUAAGCCCCCGGGGCCGCAUCCUUCCCCGUUCCCCAUUCCCGGGGUUGGGGGGGGGGGGGUGUAGGGUUCGUCGUGCGGCUGGAGGGGAGAGAUAACGUGGGGCUGAAUUUGCAUGGGGCAGCCGAGCGUGGGGCUGGCCGGGCCCGAUAAGACGAUGGCUUCGUUCUCCUAACGAGCGCUUAAUUAGCGGGGCUGUGCGGGGAGCGGGGACGUGUUGGGGGGGGGGGUUAAUGAGUUACUGUGUUGGGGGGGUUAAUGAGUUUGGGGAGCAGAAUGUGAGCUCAGAGUCAGAGCUGGGGCUGCUCUGUUGCAGUUUAAGGGUUUUAUGUGUAAUUAAGAGGCUUAAUAUUCAGAGGGCGAGGGGAUGUUUUGGAUUUUAAGGGUUUUUUCCACUUCCUAGGGGCUGUGUCCCACCAGAAUGGGGCAAAAAUCCUGGAUUUCAGGAUUUUUCCCACCUCUUCGGGGCUAUUUCCCCC